UCAGAAAAUUUGUGUGAUCAUCCAGUCACAUAUGCAGUUAGCCUGUCAGAAAAUUUGUGUGAUCAUCCAGUCACAUAUGCAGUUAGCCAGUCAGAAAAUGUGUGUGAUCAUCCAGUCUCAUAUGCAGUUAGCCAGUCAGAAAAUUCAUGUGAUCAUCCAGUCACAUAA